UCAGUCCCGCUGCCGCUUCCGGGCGCCACCGCCCCGCCCCUUCCCGGCGCCCCAGCAUGGCUGCCCGGGUGCUGCUCGCCCCAGCCCGCGGCUACGCAAGGAAGGCGGCUACGAAGUCCAAAGGCAAGAACGUGGCGAAGGAGGUGUGCACGGACCCUGCCAUGCUCGCCACCUAUGCCAUGGGGGUCAAUUACUUCAAGGACGGCCCGGAGGUGGCCCUGAAGCCGGACUCCGAGUACCCAUACUGGCUCUUCAAGAUCCACCUCGGGCCCCCCAAGAAGCUGGAGGAGCUGGACCCCGACUCAAUCGAGUAUUGGAGGCGCCUGCGGAAAUACAACACGUGGUACCACAACAGGUUGAAGAAGGGCAAGAAGCUGUAGGUAUUGCAGAGCUCAAGGCACGGGGGCCACCCUGAGCGCCAGUGCGGCUGGCGCUGGGACCAGCUCCCACUUUCGGUCUCUUCUUGCUAUAAGCUAGUAAUAAAUCUCCAGCGAGGCUGA